AUGGAAUUCAUAUAGAAAUUUCCUGGGGAUAGCGCGGAAUACGCUAUCCCCAGGACCAACCGGGAUCGGAUCCCACAUGGAACAAGGGUUCCAUGUGUGGAUCCAUUUUUGACACGUGAAAGUAAAUAUCUCACAUGUCAAAAAUGGAUCCACACAUGGAACCCCCGUUCCAUGUGUGGAUCCGAUCCGGUUGGUCCUGGGGAUAGCGUAUUCCGCGCUAUCCCCAGGAAUUUAGUAUAUCUGAUUUAGCCUAUCCAACCUUCGUCCUAGCCAUUCUGGGAAUUUUAGGCUACAAAGCUUAUAGCUCAACUCCUCAAGGCCAAAAUUCUCACAAUAAUCCAGCUCCUCAGCAGGAAGAUAUAACAGUGAGAAUUUACUCACAAAACAGGAUUUUUGACUUAAAUAUAAACACCGGAGUGACUGGAAGCGAACUAUCACAAAGAAUUUUUACGCCAACAGAGCUCGCAAAUCAUCAGCCAGUUUUGAUAUUCAUGGGGAGAAGACUAGAACUUAGCUCACCUUUGUAUUUACAAGGCGUGAGAAAUGGCUCAGCGAUUCAUACACAGCUAAGCGAGAGGCAAAAUGAGAAUUCAGAAAGAAGUGGAGAAGGCUCUCAUUUUCUCAUUACUUUAUUCAUUUGUGGGGCUUCUUUAUUGAUUUUGUGAUAUUUUUUCUAUCAGUAUCCUCAAUAUUACAGUAAUUUGUCAAAACUCAUGCUUUUGGGCUUUACUCUGGGAUGGAGCGGAGUUGCAUUAUCGUAUUUUAAAACCGAGAAAUCUUAAUAUAAAUUAAUCUCUCUCAUUUAACGUCUCCUGCAGAUUUGACUUCCUCCACCUGCCGAUGUCACGCUAUUAAUUAUCAUGCAAUCACUACGAAUUUUGACUGAAGAAGAGAUAUUAUAGAGCUAAACAAAUGCCAUAUUUGAUUAUAAAACCGAGAAAUCAGCCUUAA